GCCGGUUCUCCAUGCAUGCCUGUGUCUCCGUCGGAGAGCCAUGGGCCAAUGCUGCGCCAAGGGUGCCGGGCGCGCCGGCGACGCCAACUCGGACCCGCCGCCGCCCCCGCCCGCAGCCCCAAAGGUGGAGCCCGUCGCGUCGUCGUCGACCGCCAGCAACGGCCUCGCAGCGCCGCCGGCCGCCAAUGCCAAGCCGGGCAAGCCGCCGCCCCCCGUGGGCGAGGUGCUCGGCCGCGCCAUGGAGGACGUGCGCACCACCUACUCCAUCGGCAAGGAGCUCGGGCGCGGCCAGUUCGGCGUGACCCACCUGUGCACGCACCGCUCCACCGGCGAGAAGCUGGCGUGCAAGACCAUCGCCAAGCGGAAGCUGGCCAACAAGGAGGACGUGGAGGACGUCCGGCGCGAGGUGCAGAUCAUGUACCACCUCUCCGGCCAGCCCAACAUCGUCGACCUCCGGGGCGCCUACGAGGACAAGCACAACGUGCACCUCGUCAUGGAGCUCUGCGCCGGCGGCGAGCUCUUCGACCGGAUCAUCGCCAAGGGCCACUACACGGAGCGGGCGGCCGCCGCGCUGCUCCGGGCCAUCGUCGGCAUCGUCCACACAUGCCACUGCAUGGGGGUGAUGCACCGGGACCUCAAGCCGGAGAACUUCCUCCUGCUCAGCAAAGGGGAAGACUCGCCGCUCAAGGCCACCGACUUCGGCCUCUCCGUCUUCUUCAAGGAAGGCGAGGUGUUCAGGGACAUCGUCGGCAGCGCCUACUACAUCGCGCCGGAGGUGCUCAAGCGGCGCUACGGCCCCGAGGCUGACAUCUGGAGUAUCGGCGUCAUGCUCUACAUCUUCCUCGCCGGCGUCCCGCCAUUCUGGGCGGAGAACGAGAACGCCAUCUUCACCGCCGUCCUGCGCGGGCAGGUCGACUUCAACGGCGAUCCAUGGCCAAACAUCUCCUCUGGCGCCAAGGAUCUUGUCAAGAAGAUGCUCAACAUCAACCCCAAGGAGAGGCUCACGGCCUUCCAAGUCCUCAAUCACCCAUGGAUCAAAGAAGACGGAGACGCACCCGAUACGCCGCUCGACAAUGUCGUUCUCAACAGGCUGAAGCAAUUCAGGGCCAUGAACCAGUUCAAGAAAGCUGCGCUGAGGGUUAUAGCUGGGUGCUUAUCGGAAGAGGAGAUCAGGGGGCUCAAGGAGAUGUUCAAGAACAUCGACAAAGAUAACAGCGGCACGAUCACGCUCGAAGAGCUCAAGAACGGGCUAGCAAAGCAGGGCACAAAGCUGUCAGACAAUGAAAUUGAGCAACUCAUGCAAGCAGCUGAUGCAGAUGGCAAUGGAUUGAUUGACUACGAGGAGUUUGUCACCGCGACAGUUCACAUGAACAAGAUGCAUAGAGAGGAGCACCUAUACACAGCAUUCCAGUUCUUCGACAAGGAUAACAGUGGGUACAUAACAAGAGAUGAGCUCGAGCAAGCCUUGAAGGAGAAGGGAAUGUAUGAUGCCAAAGAGAUCAAGGAGAUCAUCUCAGAGGCUGACACUGACAAUGAUGGGAGGAUAGAUUAUUCAGAAUUUGUGGCGAUGAUGAAGAAAGGAGCAGGCAGCACCGAGCCAACGAACCCAAAGAAGAGGAGAGAUCUAGUUCUAGAGUGAAACAUACAUUUUAGCUCAAACAGGGAGAUGUGCAGCACCACCAGUGCAGAGUGCAUAAUGGAACCCUCUUUCCAGAUGCUUCUCAGCUUGAGCUAAAACCGUGGACAGAUUUGUACAAUCUACUCACUAGUUGCUGAGGAGUAUCACUUGGAUUGGAAUCCACAUACAUACCCAUGAAUUUGGGGAAGAAAGAUGGAUUUAUCCCCCCCCCCCCCCCCCUGCACAUUUUUGUCAUCUUGUACACUUACAUAAGAUGUUGGUGGUGCGCAAGCCCUAGAGGUCAUCGGUGCAUUCAUGAGGGUGCAAGCCUCUGCUGAUGUGGUUGAGGGAGAAGAAACAUAGAGGGAAGACUAGAUGAAUGAAGAUAUGAUUGGUCUUCACCAACAAUUUCAAGACUACAUAUAGUAUAUAGUGAGGCCAGAUGAUUUGAUUUACUUGUAUUACAACAGGUCUGAACUAAAUAGAUGAUUUCAUUUGCUUAUGUUACACCAGAUGAAUACAAGAAGUUGACAAAAGAUUCAUAACAGUGUAGUUUAAAGAACUUAUUUCACAGCGUAUGGUGUUCCUUGGUUUGUCAUUACAGAGAAUUGACUGACACGUUGCAGGAGCAUCACGAAACAAGAUCUAAUGACCCACCGACACUGAAAAGCCUGGUCGCAACUUCAUCAAACUUUCUUCA